ACUACGAUGGCCGCCGCCAGCAGCAGCAGGGAGCAUUACAAGGAGUCAAAAUCACCAUUCAUUUUAAUUUUCAGAGAGAAAAUAAUGCCUUGCAAAUCAUACUUGAUUUUUGCUUUUCUAAUUUGUACUGUAAGCCGGUGUUUUGCCGAGGAUGAUCACGAAUUGGAAGAGUUUCUGAAGCGGGAGUAUUCCCUUUCCAAGCCUUAUCAAGGUGUGGGAUCCUUAGGCUCCUCCCACUGGGAGCUGAUGGGGGAUGCCAUGGUAACUACCGACCAGGUGCGCCUCACACCUGACAUGCAGAGCAGGCAGGGGGCAAUAUGGAGCCGCAUUCCUUGCAAUUUGAAAGACUGGGAGAUGCAGGUGCACUUUAAGAUUCAUGGGCAAGGAAAGAAGAACCUAAAUGGUGAUGGGCUGGCCAUUUGGUACAGUAAGGAACGCAUGCAGAAAGGUCCUGUAUUUGGAAAUAUGGACAACUUCACUGGCUUGGGUGUUUUUGUGGACACGUAUCCCAAUGAAGAGAAACACUUAGAGGCACAGAGGAAGAGAUACACUUCACGUACACCGAGGAUCUUUCCCUUUGUUCUGGCUAUGGUGGGCAAUGGCAGCAUUAGCUACGACCAUGAGCGCGAUGGUCGGUCCACAGAGCUGGGCGGCUGCAACGCCAUGGUGCGCAAUCUCAAACAUGACACCUUCCUCUUCAUCCGAUACGUCCGCCACAGGCUCACAGUGAUGAUAGACAUUGACGGGCAACAUGAGUGGAGGGACUGCCUGGACAUACCUGGGGUGCGUCUUCCCCAAGGCUAUUAUUUUGGAGCUUCAGCCAUCACUGGAGAUCUCUCUGAUAAUCAUGACAUAAUUUCCCUGAAACUCUACCAGCUGACUGUGUUUCGGAGUCAAAAGGAAGAGGAAGAGGAGGAAGAUGAAAUAACCAUACCUAGUGUAGAUAACAUGGACCUACUCAGAUUGGGUGAGAAUGAAGAGGGGAUGAGUGGAAUAUCUAUUUUCUUCACCGUGCUCUUCUCCAUACUGGGUUGCAUCUUCCUCAUCGUCAUCGGCCUGGUGGUCUACAGCCACUGGACCGAGAGCCGACGCAAGCGUUUCUACUAAAGAAGAAAAAUAGGAAGUUGUGGUAACUACUGUGGUCCACAGAUCUAGCUGCACAGAAGCGAGACACUGCUGUGGGCCAGUAGAGCGCAGUAGGUUGUUUUAUCCUGAAGACACUAUUGAGACAGGAAUUGGAGUAGAUGCAUCACCUCCUACAAAAAAGUCACUCUGCAACUUUGCCAUUGAUAAUCAUGAAGCCGUAGGACAACUUUAUUUUACUUUUUAUCCUCAGCCCCUGACACACACCAGUUGAGCCUUAUCAUUUUCACCUCUGUACUUGUUACAAGCAGACGUGCGGUGUACAGUAAGUUAUUACUUCUUAUGAGCAGCUACAUUUUAUUUUUUUUACCUCAUGCCACACAAAUAUGAACUUUUUUUUUUUUUACAAAUUUUUAAUUCAGUGAGGUAAAUUUUAUGGUUUUGUGAAAUAUAAAUAUAUAAUUAUCUGAUAGGUUGUUCCUCCUGAUUAGUUUCCCACCCGCAGUAUGAAUGGGAGCGCUAACCAAAUAGCACUCAAAACUGAUGUCCUCUUUCCUGUAGCCCACUGAUAACUUGCCUCUUUUCAGUUCUUCGCAUUGGAAAAGCCACUCAGUGAUCUGGACUCGGUCAUUCUCAGUGAGUGUAGACACAUGGUGUACUGUAUAUUCUGUAGUUUCUAUCGUAUGCAUGACAUUUGUUUUUAUUAUUUAUGAACUGGCUAGGUUGCCACUGCUUUCUGUUUACAUUAUGCUUGACCUUUUUAUGUUUGUGUUAAGUACAGUAUUGUUCAAAAUAAUAGCAGU